AUGCUGUCAACUUUCCUCCUCCUGCUCCUGGCCACCACAAGCCUGGCUAUGCCUCAGCCAACUGCUCAGCCAACUCCUCAACCAACGCCUGAGCUGUUGAAGCGGAACGCGACUACCAACUCCACAAGACAUGAUUGCUUGCGAAAUUGCACAUCGCAGUGCGGCCAUGGUGGUGUUUGUGAUUUGGUGUGCUCCAUCCUCAAAUGCCCCCCGAACAUGAAACGAGCGGACCUUUCGGGCGAAUUCGAGGAGGUGGCCAGAAGGUCAGAAGAGGAGAAGGAAGAGGAAGAGGAGGAUGGAUUUGAAGACGUUGAAGUGGUCGAGACAGGUCAUGUAAACUGA